GGACCAGGAAAAUUAAUAUUUCUCCAGUUUUCUGUUUACUGGACGGUUUUUGGCUCAUGCAUCCAACCAAAGGCCUCAUAAGACACUUCAUGAGCAGCCACACGCAUGUUUAAACUACCACUCGGCAUCGACUGACCAACGCACAUCAUUUCAGAAUAACUUUGUGAGGUUCAGUUUUCAGUUUGAGCCUUGAAGGGCUGAAUGUUCUCAAGUAUUUUAGUGGAAAAAAAACUCUCAAUCGUCUCUUUCAGUGUAACCACAUUCCUCUGAAACACACUCAGAUGUCAGUGUGUCUCAGCAUAAAGAAGCAGUGUACGUAUGACCCAACACACCAGCAGCACACGUGCUGUGCCGGCACACGGAGUCCUCGGUGUGCUGGUUGGUGUGUCACUUGUAGAGAGCGUGGGCCUCUGCAGGACAGUUUAAGGUUAAUGGGGACGCGAGACCAGCGAAGACAGGCCGGACACAAGCUAUGUGAAUAAAGGCUCAGCCAUGCUUCACGGGGAGGACAGCUGUGCGGCAGUAGAAGAUGGUGGUGAGGAGGACCAGCACCGGCCUCUUAUCCUGGAAAGAAUUGAGAAGGAAACGGGAAGAACCUGGAGAACGGUUUUGUCUCAGCGGCUCAGGAAGCACUGCUCCUGCACGCCAGAGAAGGCCAAAUCCAGAAUCCUCAGCUUCUUCCCGGUUCUCCAGUGGCUGCCACGCUACAAGCUCAGGGACUGGAUCCUGGGGGAUGCUAUGUCAGGAGUGAUUGUUGGAAUCCUAUUGGUUCCCCAGUCCAUAGCCUACUCCUUAUUGGCCAACCAGGAUCCCAUAUACGGCCUGUACACGUCUUUCUUCGCUUCCAUCAUCUACGCCCUCCUGGGCACUUCCAGGCACAUCUCGGUGGGGAUUUUCGGAGUGCUCUGUCUGCUCAUUGGCCAGGUGGUGGACAGGGAGUUGGCCCUGGCGGGAUACCUCCCAGAGAGCAGCCUGAGUGGGAAUGACAGCAGUGUCCCGUUGGCCGGGAAUGACAGUGGCGUGGUGGGAUGUGACCGGAGCUGCUAUGCGAUUGCCGUGGGGACCACAGUUACCUUUACUGCCGGGAUUUACCAGGUGCUAAUGGGCAUUCUGCAGGUGGGCUUUGUGUCCGUCUACCUGUCGGACUCCCUCCUCAGCGGCUUUGCUACAGGAGCCUCCUUGACCAUCCUGACGUCUCAGAUCAAGUACCUGCUGGGCCUGAAGAUCCCCCGUCCUCAGGGCUGGUUCACUAUUUUUAAGACGUGGUACGGCCUGCUGAGCAACCUCGGGAACACCAACGUGUGUGACCUCAUCACCAGUCUGGUGUGUUUGGCAGUACUCAUACCUACGAAGGAGCUCAAUGACCGCUUCAAGUCCAAGCUGAAGGCUCCGAUCCCAUUCGAGCUCUUUGUGGUGAUAAUUGCCACACUCGCAUCUCACUUUGGCCAUUUCAACACCGAAUACGGGUCGGGCGUGGCUGGGGCCAUCCCCACAGGCUUCCUCCCUCCUCAAAUACCCAUGUGGUCUCUGAUCCCCAAUGUGGCCGUCGACGCCUUCUCCAUUGCCAUCGUGGGAUUCGCCAUCACCAUCUCACUGUCGGAGAUGUUCGCCAAGAAGCACGGCUACACGGUGGAUGCCAACCAGGAGAUGUAUGCCAUUGGGUUCUGCAAUAUCCUGCCGUCGUUCUUCCACUGCUUCACCACCAGCGCCGCGCUGACCAAAACCCUCGUCAAGGAGUCGACCGGGUGCCAGACGCAGCUGUCGGGACUGAUCAGUGCUCUCCUCCUGCUGCUGGUGCUUCUGGUGAUCGCGCCGCUCUUCUAUUCCCUCCAGAAGUGUGUUCUUGCCGCCAUCAUCGUGGUGAACCUCCGUGGCGCUCUUCGAAAGUUCACCGAGAUUCCCCGCAUGUGGCGUGCCAACCGCAUUGACGCCUUCAUCUGGCUGAUCACCAUGGCAACCUCAGCGCUGGUCAACACGGAGCUGGGGCUUCUUGUGGGGGUUUUGGUGUCGGCUUUCUGCGUCCUGGGCAGAACUCAGCGGGUCCAGGUCCUGGAGCUCGGCCGGGCUAUGACCAGGGAGCAUUACGAAGAUCUGGCGUCCUACAAAGGCCUCCAAACGCACCCUGAUGUGGCCAUCUUUAGAUACGAAGCGCCAAUCUACUACGCCAACCAGAGCCUGUUUAAAAAGUCUCUGUACAGGUGUGUAGGACUUGACCCUGUGAAGGAGAAGAGCCGCCGUGUCAAGUUCCAGAACAGCAAACCGCAGGAAGAGGCCGCCGGAGUCCCAACUAGCAAAACGGACGAGAAAGAGGCCGAAGCUCCUGCAGCCGUCACCCUGAUGAUGGACACAGCCUCCCGUUACUUACGCAGGAUAGUGAUCGACUGCAGCGCUGUCUUGUUCCUGGACACUGCCGGAGUGAAUGCUCUAAAGGAGGUCCGCAAGGAUUACGGAGAGCUGGGGGUGGCGGUGGAGUUGGCUCAGUGUAAGACCUCCGUGCUGGACACGCUGGAUCGAGGAGGAUACUACAGCAACCAAAAAGGAGGCGACGCAGGAGAGAACCACACGAUCUUCUUCACUAUCGAAGACGCCGUCCGCCACGUCGAAAGCCGCAGCACUCCUAAUGGAGACUAUGAUAAGUCCUAAAGAGACAACAGGUCUAUAUUUACAUGUCUGCAGCGUGUGGCUGCACAGAUGUGCCUUUGUAACAGUUUUCUGAAGUCCUACCUUCACCUCAGGUUUCUGCAUCCAGACAGGUGAUGAAUCACCACAGUGUGAACGUCCAUGUACCAAUAACUCACCUGUGGACUGUAUAAGAAGAACCAGCCACCCACAAGGAAAAAAUACCCCGACCCUACCUGACAGCUCGAGUCUGUGUCUAAGGCAGACUCAGCAAGUUUACAUCUGCAUAGUACAAGUGCUGCACAGUAUAAAAUAUGUGUUUUAUACUGCACCGCGGGAAAUAUGUGUUUCAUAAUGCACAGUACUGCACAGUGAGUACAAGUACUGCACAGUGUGAAGUGUUUCCAACUGCACAGUACAAGUACUACACAGUGUGUACAAGUCCUGCACAGUGUGAAAUAUGUUUCAUAAUGCAGAGUACAAGUACUGCACUCUGUGUACAAGUACUGUACAGUGUGAAAUAUGUGUUUCAUAAUGCACAGUACUGCAAUGUUUACAGCACAAUGUGAUAUAUGUGUUUUAUACUGCACAGUACAAGUACUGCACUCUGUGUACAAGUACUGUACAGUGUGAAAUAUGUGUUUCGUACUGCACAGUGUGACACUGGUCAUGCCCUAGUGUUGUUUAUAGAAACCAGAGCCGUAUUCGAACUUAAUUUUUAGAUACUGAGUCGGAACGAUGCACGUGCACACGCCGAAUGAGCGAUGCGUGUGCACACGCACACGUUCAGGAUGACGACUGGGGUUAGGAUUUAAAACAGGUGUAAAUCAUUUAGUGUUUUUUUUGUUUUGUUUGUUUGUUUGUUUGUUUUUUUGUAAGGUCUAAACUGGAUUUUUUGCCACAAUCAAAAACGAUCGUAACCGUCUGCUGUUUGGUGUUUGGGUCCAUCAGUCCAAUCAUGACUGACGCCUCAGGGCAGGAAGUUUAAAACACGUGUAGAAAAAAGCAGCAGCUCUGCUGCUCUGAGGAGAGACCUCAGAGGUAUCUAAAUGAGUUCCUGCUUUAGAUUUUUAGAUCAGAGCCCUGCUGGAUAAAAACAUACAUUCUUCAUACGUGCUUAAUAAGAAGCAGCCACCCUGUGCCUGAACGUGAAUGUACGUGCAAUGACCCGAGGAAGCAUUUGUCUGUUAGCACUGAUCACAGGUGUAUGCAUGUGUUUCCAGAUCCUCUGACAGACGAAUAUUCCUCUGGUGAGGAUGAGAGACUCUUCCUGUUUAACUGUUAGCCGCAGUCACAUGACCUUGGUCUGUGCCUUCUUUCUGUGAGUUGGGUAAUGAAUAAGGCAAAGUUCAAGUUGAAGAAAAACAAAAGUGCAGUGUGAGAUUUCGAGGUUGCUGUGAUGUUGAUUCGUGGGGGUCAGAGAUCAUGGGUUGUGCCUUAGUUAUCCUGACCUCUGUGACCCCCCCCCCACCCCACCCACACACAUUAUGGACAUAGCCUCCCGUUACUUACGCAGGGUAGUGAUCAACUGCAGCGCUAUCUUGUUCCUUGACACUGCCGGAGUGAAUGCUCUAAAGGAGGUCCGCAAGGAUUACGGAGAGCUGGGGGUGGCGGUGGAGUUGGCUCAGUGUAAGACCUCCGUGCUGGACACGCUGGAUCGAGGAGGAUACUACAGCAACCAAAAAGGAGGCGACGCAGGAGAGAACCACACGAUCUUCUUCACUAUUGAAUACACACACACACACACACACACACACACACACACACACACACACACACACACACACACACACACACACACACACACACACACACAGACAGCAGAGAGGGGUUUUGAUGUGCUUUCUGUAGCUUUAAUGAAACCUGCCUCAAUAAACUUGGUAGCAUUAUUAUUCAUAGAGCACUUAAUUAUUAGAAAGGCUGAAGUUAGUUCUUAAGCAGAUGUAUUCUACAGUUUUUUAUUAUGAGAAAAUUUUGUAUGUAUACGUGUUUCCGAGUAUGUGCCUAAAGCUUAUGCACUAAAAUUUUGUAUAUGAGUUUUACUGUAAAGCAGUACAAUCCUGACAGCAGUUUUACUCUUUGCACUUUUCAAAGCUGUUUUAUUAUCUUAAAUAUCCAAACGGUCCAUCCUGGACGCCGCCACGGCCCCCACGCUCCAUCCUGCUUCCAUGUCAAAGGGUUUAAUCAUGAUAAUCGGAUAAUUGAGCGGCUUAUCUCAGCUGAGACCAAAAACGUUUUUUUUGCUCUUGACCUUUGAACCCUGCUUUGUUUAAUGUGUGUUCACAGCACCAACGUUAAGUUUUAAUGCUUGAACCUUUUAACUAGCUGAUCAGGGUAAGAACAGAAGUUUGUUCUCAAUGCAAAAGUGUUGCUGAAAUGGAGCGUGCUUAUAUGCAGUGAUGGACGAUUUUAAACUGGGAAAAUCUUUGUAGAGUUGUUUUUAUACUGGGUGUAUGUGACAGGACGUGGCGUUUCCAGCCUCUGUCCUUGCUGAUUUAAAGCAGUAGUGGUAUAUAUUUUAUAGCUGUUUUUACAGAGAAAAUCAAAAAGAAUUAUGGAUUAGUUUUGCUGCAGAGUUGUAGAAGUUGAUCACACAGCCGUUGAUGGAGGUGAAUACGCUCGGUGACGUGAGAGUUUCAUGUCAUUCUCCCUCAAUGCUCGCCCGAGCAGCUAAACACACACGCGGUGCUUUUAGAGAACAAAGUCCUCGCUUAUGUAUCUAAAUGUUAAACAGAAAAACAUGACGUAAGCUCCCAUUUAUUCCAAUCAGCUUAUUUAAAUUUAUUGUGUAUCCUGGUAUCAGAAUGAAGCGGUGUUUUACUGGAAAAUAAAAUCCUGUCUGAUUCCUCUCGUUUUUCUUCAUUACUGCAUUUACAUAGCCAGCUCUUAUUCUCUAACAGUGGUUUCCAAAGUGGGGGACGCGGUAUGAAUAGCAAAAAAAAAAAAAAUGCUUGGACACUGCUAGCAUAAUGGACAGGCUUUUUGACGGGGCUUCUACAAAAACGCAAAGCAGAAGAUGAAUCAUCGCCAAAUAUGGUUCCAAGCCAAAGACUAAAAGGGGUGGGUGGGUUUAUUGUAAAAACAAAGGGUGACCUAGCGAAAAAAGGUGAUUUAAACUGAGCUGCUUUCUGUGUGAAGAUUUCCUUCAUUAAACCAAAGUUGAUGCACUCGAUGAGUCCAGAUGCAAAAACAGAAGACCUGCAGUAUAAAAAGCAGUUUUAAAGUGGAGGGAAUCUAAAGAGAGACUCGUUUGGUCUGUGGGGAGUUUCAUGGUACCGAACAAUGAUUGUAGAAAAGAUGGACGAUGCCACAGCACUUCCUCCCAUUGUACAAAAAUAAAGCCAAAAUACCCCGCUUGUGGGAGCUGCCAUGUUGCGCUUUUGGAGUUGGAGUCUGGCCGGUAGAGACUUGAAGUGAAACGUCUGUGUGACGCUCCCGCCCACACACCCGCUGGACGUGACCGCAAACACGCCUAUGGGCUCAAAUUGUGGUCAUAAAUAUUUUGUACUU